CAAACUUUAAAACUUAAUUUACAGCAAAGUCAAUCGAAAUAAGCUCCUGCAAGCUUAUAGCAAUGUUAGAGAGCAUUGUGGAAAAAGAGGGUUCACAGAAAACAAUCACAACCACGCACACAAGCAGAUGUUUUCGGGGCAGCGCGAGCGGGCUCGGAGAAGAAAAGUUCUGGCUGCGCUCCACGAGCCCGGCGAUAUGCUCUCACAGCGUGACGCGCUGUCAAUUAAAUAUUCAAAUCCGUUUAGAGCGCUUUGUUUUUUUCCCCUCCGCAACGCCGCCACCAACACGCUGUCAUGUGUAACAUCAAUUAAAGCGGCAGGCGCUCGCUAAUUGCGCCGUGAUUAACAAUGAACUUAAUGAAACGAACAGUAAGGUGGCCCGCUUUCAUAGCGCUGGAUCUCCUGCGAAGCAAGAAUCAGAACAGGCUUGGAGUGACAUUAAACCGAGCACGCGGAGUUCGUUUUGAGCAUACUGACCACGAUGUUCGCGGACGUGUUUUUCGGUCGUUCGUUUUUUAAAAGUAGGCUACGCACGUCCAUUGGAGUAUGCUGCCUACUUAAGGCCUGUGCGCAGCCGUGUUUGAGGCAGGCCGUCUGCGCGAGACGUGCUGUAAGGAGACAGAAAUCAGAAACUGGGAUUUUGGACUACAAUCACAGCAGACGCUCUAUCACUCCACACUGCUCCUCCAUCCUGUCACUCUCAGACGACUCUGAGUCUCCAAGAUCUGAGACCCAGGGGCCCUUCAGCAUGUUUGGGGGGUACGAGGAGAGGGAGGACUACGAGGAUGAGCUGUACCAGGAGACCCAGGACUCCAGCUGCUCGGAGGUGGAGAGCGAGUUGGAGUUCCAGCUCUACAGCCAGGUGCAUUACUCCUGCUGUCCAGAGAAACACAAGGAGGAGGAGGAGGAGGAGGAGCAGGAGGAAGGGCGGCAGCGGGAGCUGACGGAACAGCCCCCAAAGGGGGUCAUCGUCAUUGACUCGGACCCCGAGAUCAUCACCGUGUCGGACAGCUCGGAUGAGGAGGACGGGGUCUGUGUGGCCAAGGGCACGAAAUUUCAGCGCCUGCCUCCAGCCAGCAGGGGGCAGCCUCACACGCACACCACCUCUCCACCAGCAGUGCUGAGCGACCACUCAAAGGGCUCGGGCUUGGACUCGGACUCGGACUCAGACUCAGAAGGGCUGGAGUCUUGGAUGGUGCUUGGGCAGGGGAAGCAUGACUCUGACAAGACCAUCCAACUCAACCUGGUUGGCGGGGCAAACGGCAGCUCUGCAGGUGUUGUUUGUUCCCCUCCAGAAGACGAAGACGAUGAUCAGAGUUGGACCAUUUCCAGAAGAGACCUGGAGGCUCAGAUCUCUAAUGAAGGCUUGGGUCCGCGGCGUGUAUCGAACCGCUAUUACACCAGCAAGAACGUCACCUGCAGGAGCUGCAACAAGAUCGGCCACCUCUCCAAGAACUGCCCCAAUCCCAGGAAGCCGCCCUCCUGCACGCUGUGCUCCAGCCAGACUCACCUGAAGAAGACCUGUCCCAACAGGCACUGCUCCAACUGCAGCCUGCCGGGGCAUUGCCAUGACGACUGCCUGGAGCGGGCAUACUGGCACAAGCAGUGCCACCGCUGUGGCAUGACUGGGCACUUCUACGACGCCUGCUCAGACAUUUGGAGACAGUACCACCUCACAACCAAGCAGGGUCCAAUCCAGACGCCGGAUGUGCUGGAUGCUCACAGAAGCCCCGCCUACUGCUACAACUGCUCACGGAAGGGACACUUCGGGUUUGAGUGUGACCAGCGCAGGAUGUUUAACGGCUCGUACCCCUCCGCCCCCUACGUCUCGUACUACGACACGCCUCCGGACGUCCGGCAGAGAGACAACCGGGCGCGCCGAAAAGCCCAGGAACUGCAGGAUGCGGGUCUCCUGCAGCCAACUGAACCGCAGCACAGCAUGUGGCCACCAGGUGGCGAUAGAGACGAUGGUCCGCCGAGGAAGGGGAUGAAAAUAAACAACAAGGUUGUGGAGAAAAAGAGAAAAAAUGAAGCAUCUGCCCAAGCCAAGAAGAUGAAGAAGAAGAAGCAGCAACAGAAACAGAAACUACAGCAACAGAAACAGACACCGAAGCAACAGAAACCGCAGCAACAGAAGCCACAGCAACAGAAGCCGCAGCAACAGAAACCGCAGCAACAGAAGCCCCAGCAACAGAAACCGCAGCAACAGAAGCCACAGCAACAGAAGCCGCAGCAACAGAAACCGCAGCAACAGAAGCCCCAGCAACAGAAACCGCAGCAACAGACACCGAAGCAACAGAAGCCGCAGAAACAGAAACCGCAGCAACAGAAACCGCAACAGCAGCAGCAGCAGAAGAAGAGGAGGAAGAGGACGAAGGCUGAGACACACGGAGAGCAGUGGAGCUGGGGUGAGCAGGGGGUCGCCUGGGCCCCGGUCCGGCUGGCCUACGAGGAGGACUUUCCCCGGGGCCCCAAAAGGAGGCCCCCAGGGGCCCCCACGCCCCCUCAGAAGGUCCGGCACACCCCAGGCCUGUUCGGGGACGGGAAGAACCGCAAGAACCGGCAGAACCGCCGGGCUCGGGGCCGGGACCGCAAACCUGGCGAGCGCAGACGGGAGGACACGUACGCUGACGAGGACCUCUUCAGCAUUAAGCAGCGCCGCAGGCGGUAGCGCCAGGGGAUUGGUCAGAGCGCGGGCGUGGGCGUGACUGGGGGGGGUGCAGUCCUGCCAAACCAGGGGAUUGGUCAGAGCGCGGGCGUGGGCGUGACUGGGGGGGGGUGCAGUCCUGCCAAACCAGGGGAUUGGUCAGAGCGCAGGCGUGGGCGUGACUGGGGGGGUGCAGUCCUGACAAACCAGAGUAACCCUCCUGCUGUCACCCUGCACCUUCCCCACAACGCUGUCCUCAGUGUGCUGCAGCACCCUCUACUGGACAGGUAUAGAGCUGGAUCCACACUAUUUUACACACACACACACCACACACACAUAUGCGCGCACAUGUGCACACACACAUACACACAUUCACACGCACACAAACGAGGGCUGGAUUUCAGCAUGGUCUACUGGUUUGUAGUUUCACGUCACUUAUUUGCUUAAUUGAUGUGAUUAUUUCUGUACGUGGACAUCAGCUGCUAACCUCCGUUACUAAACUGAGUCACUUACAACUCUGAGUAACAUAGAACAAGUCACUGAAAGGGGUAACAUUGAGCUUCAUGGGUGAUGUUGGAAUAUUGUGCAAAAUUUGAGGAUUUGUCUGACUAAUGUGUGCACAUUCUCUCCUCCCUGAAGCCAAUGUGGCUGAAUAAAUAAAAAUCAGAUUUUUAUAGA